UCUUUGGUGAGCAGCCUCUCCACUGGAUCUGCAGGUCUUCAAGAAUGGGAAUGAAUGCCUUUCCAACAACCACCAAGCUGAAUUAUGUCACUCUGAUAUGAACAAAUGUGAGAGAUUGGAUGGAGCCAUCAUGACGUGAGGUUCAAACUCUGGAUGGUCUGAACAGCUGUAUCUCAAACAUGCUCUUAGGACUUGUUGCUGCUCGCCACUCUCUGAAGUGGACCAUCCCUUGCUGGAAAACCACCCUUGACAGAACUUAUUGGCCUUCAGAGUCAGGGCAGUGGCUGCUGGGAACUGUAGUCCGGAGGAAAGCUCAUAGAUGGACUACCGUACCAUCAUCAAGGUUAAACCAGAAGCCUGUCUUUGCUAGAGCUCCAGCUUUUGGAGAUAAGCUAGCUAUCAUAGACAGUAGCGGCAGCCACAGCUACAAGCAGCUGUAUGGCAGUAGCUUAGGCCUUGCCAGAAGAAUCACCACUGCUCUCAACUCUGACUUUGGGGGUCUGGAAGGAAAACGAAUCACCUUCCUGUGUGCUAAUGAUGCUUCCUAUACAGUGGCACAGUGGGCAGCUUGGAUGAGUGGCGGGACAGCGGUGCCGCUGUACCGAAAACACCCACCAUCUGAACUGGAGUACAUCAUUUCCGACUCCCAGAGUUCACUGCUGGUGGCAGGGCAUCCCUACGCUGAAACCUUGGAGCCCCUGGCACAGAAGCUUGGGCUGCCAUACCUCACACUGCCCCCUACCUCUAACCUGGGCACUUUAAAUGGGGCAGAGACAGAAGAGAAGGAGGCCACCAUCACAGACUGGGCUGAGCGACCAGCUAUGAUCAUCUACACCAGUGGUACCACAGGGAGACCAAAGGGAGUCCUGCAUACGCACAGCAGCAUCCAAGCCAUGGUCCAGUGUCUGGUUUCAGAGUGGGCGUGGUCCAGAGAUGACGUCAUCCUCCACACUUUACCGCUCCACCACGUGCACGGCAUCGUCAACAAGCUGCUGUGCCCGCUCUGGGUGGGCGCCACCUGCAUUAUGCUGCCCGAAUUCCAGCCUCAAAAGGUGUGGGAGAUGCUGUUGAGCUCCAAGGCCCCCCUGGUUAAUGUGUUCAUGGCCGUGCCAACUAUCUACUCUAAGCUGAUCCAGCACUAUGAUCAGCACUUCACACAGCCUCAUGUCAAGGACUUUGUCAAAGCGGUCUGCAAAGAGAGGAUCAGGCUCAUGGUUUCAGGCUCAGCUGCUCUCCCUCUGCCCACUCUCCAACGCUGGGAGGAGAUUACAGGACACACACUGCUGGAACGCUACGGCAUGACUGAAAUCGGCAUGGCGCUCUCCAACCCUCUGAAGGGCCCACGCAUCCCAGGGGCUGUAGGGUUGCCACUCCCUGGUGUGGACGUUCGGAUUGCCAUGAAUAACACGACCAACACCACUAUUGUGGAGGGAAACCACAGAGAGACUCAGGUACGUCCAGGUCUGGAGGGGAAGGAAGGGGAGCUCCUGGUUCGAGGUCAUUCUGUCUUUAAGGAGUACUGGAAUAAACCUCAGGAGACCAGAGAGUCUUUCACUGAUGACGGCUGGUUCAAAACAGGAGACACAGCAACCUUCAAAGAUGGUGUGUAUUGGAUCUUGGGCCGCACCAGUGUUGACAUCAUCAAGAGUGGUGGCUACAAGAUCAGCGCGCUCGAGGUGGAGCGUCACCUACUGACUCAUCCAGACAUCAUAGAUGUUGCUGUGAUCGGGUCCCCAGAUGCCACAUGGGGCCAAAAGGUCACUGCAGUGGUGCAGCUGAAGAAGGGGCAGAGUUUGACCUUGCCUGAGUUGAAGACCUGGGCUAGGGAGCACAUGGCGCCUUACACCAUCCCUACAGGCCUGAUACUGGUGGAGGGGAUGCCAAGGAAUCAGAUGGGCAAGGUCAACAAGAAGGACCUCCUGCGACACUUCUUCCCAUGACUGGACCACUUCUUAGUGUAUGACUCCAUUCAGGUUCCUGGUUGAAGAAAAACAGAUGUACGUCACCUUCUGACUGUCCCCAUCUGGUCCUUAGAUCAGACAAUACAUCACAAGUGUAGAAAGGGAACACAAAGUAAUGAAUUAACACCUCAUGGAAAAUGACUUCCCCUCUGAGGUAACUUAAUCACAACUACAAACGCUGCUACAAAGGUAAUUCCAUUACUUUGAAUACCAAUUAUGCUGAGCAUUGUUUAUUAGCUCUGAGAGGUCUGGAAAUCAUCACUUUGAUAUAUAAUUUACCAUGUAACCAUGGUCUUGAGCCAGUAAAAUCUGAAUGUUAAACAGAAUAGGACAAAUAAUGUGUGCCUAAAAAAGUAAGACAAUAAAAUUAUGUAAAAUAGUGCAUUGAAAGAAACACAAACUGCAUCAAAAACAAGGACCAGUCGUAUUCAAUUUAAAUUCACUUAACAUGCAUGUGACAGAAAAGUUAUUAUUAAGUGGUGACCCACAUUUUUAGAGUUUGCUAUUGUCUCAAUUCCACACCAUAUAUUAAUUCUAUGCAGGUUUUGAGUAUCUAGUAUAUUCACACUGAAAAAAAGUCAAAUUAACUGUACUCAAAGCAGUCAGUAUGCAUACAAAAUAUUCUUGAUUUUUGAGUGUACUGUCAAUGAACACUGUUGUCCAACAUCGUAAUGCACAACAGCAAUGCAUUAUUCACAGCUGCACGAAAUUCUAAAUGAUUGUAGAUUAUAGUGGGACAGCACAGGAAUACAAAAGCAUUAAAUCUUCUAAAAAAAAAAUCUGGAAAAACAUUUGCUUUCUCUCUGUGAAGUUUAUUUGACAGCAGCAUUCUAAUUGCAGUUUGAUUGACGUCCAACAAGAUACAUAUUGUAUCAUUUCCUGUCGGUAUAAAUUGGUAAAAUAUUUGAUUCCUUUAUCAUAAAUGCAAAAACAGUAUACUGUAUAGAUUAGUUGUGGUACCAACUGCAUACAGUUAGUUUGUAUUGUGAAAUUGGGACACAAGAUGUGAUUUAGUUACUUCAAAAGUCAAAUACUUUUUUAUUAAGUGUUAAUGUCAUUUUGUCUGCACUCAGCAAAACUGUGACAGACUAUUCAAUCUGCCUUAAUGAGAUGGGAACAGCUAGCUUCAUUCUCUUUGGCUACUGAUAAAUAAUUGGACAUACCAAAGCAAAAUGUUUAGUGUAUUCAUAAUAAUAGAGUAUUAAUAAUGGUAUGUUUGCAUGAUUUAUUGGUUAAAAAAUGUUUUGUUUGAUCAAAGAUGUUUGAAUGACAGUUUUGCAGUUGUAGGUUGUCACCCAAUUUGUUGUUAAUUAUACCAGCACCAAACACAAUAAAAGACUAUGAGGUGAUAGAAAAUGAGACAUAAUGAGCUUUGAAAUGUACUUACAGGAGAUCAGUGAGAAUACACAGUUAAUAUUAGCUCUUCAGCGCUGUAUACACACUGAUGCACUUGAAAUAGCAGAUAAUGUUUAUCUGAAAAUUACAAAGUUUUAUAAAAUUCUAAAUAAAUUAAAAAGUGU